CAGUUUUCUCUCAGAUGCGCUUAGAGCGCACUGGAGAGUAGAUCGGGGAAAGGGAAGGGGAUAGCUGGUUGCUACAAUAGCUAGUAUAUAAACACAAAUUUAAAAGCACGUUGACUAGCAAGAUACGGUGGUCACUGGGAAACCGCCAUCGGACGAGUUCCGGUCACCAUUGGGUGCCAGGAGAGUCUUGGUGGCGUUUCAGAGGUGUUCCUUCUUUACAAAGCGGCGUGCCGGGGGAGGACGCGUCUCUUUGAAUAGACAGGAUGCACGGACCGCCUUCCAGCGACAGCGCAUGCCCAUUGCGCCUCAUCAAGAGAGUGCAAUUCGGCGUCCUCAGCCCUGAUGAACUUAAACGGAUGUCCGUUACUGAAGGGGGCAUCAAGUACCCUGAGACCACAGAAGGAGGACGCCCUAAACUGGGGGGACUUAUGGACCCCCGGCAAGGGGUAAUUGAAAGGUCAGGCAGAUGCCAGACGUGUGCAGGUAACAUGACUGAGUGUCCUGGUCAUUUUGGUCACAUUGAGUUGGCUAAGCCAGUCUUUCAUGUUGGCUUCAUCACAAAGAUCAUGAAGGUCCUCCGAUGUGUCUGCUUCUUCUGUUCAAAACUGCUUGUGGACUCGAACAAUCCAAAAAUCAAAGACAUUUUAACCAAGUCGAAGGGGCAGCCACGGAAGCGUCUGACCCACGUCUAUGACCUCUGUAAAGGCAAAAACAUUUGUGAGGGUGGAGAGGAGAUGGACAACAAGUUUGGAGUGGAGCAGCAGGAGACUGAAGAAGACCUCACUAAAGAGAAGGGUCAUGGAGGCUGUGGCAGGUACCAGCCACGUAUCCGUCGCUCUGGCCUGGAGCUGUAUGCUGAGUGGAAGCACGUGAACGAAGACUCGCAGGAGAAGAAGAUUCUUCUCAGCCCUGAACGUGUGCAUGAGAUCUUCAAACGCAUUUCGGAUGAAGAGGACAUGAUCUUGGGCAUGGACCCCAAAUAUGCCCGUCCCGAGUGGAUGAUUGUCACGGUGUUGCCCGUGCCUCCACUUGCUGUGAGACCAGCUGUGGUCAUGCAGGGCUCUGCUAGAAACCAAGAUGAUUUAACACACAAGUUGGCGGAUAUUGUGAAGAUCAAUAACCAGCUGAAGCGAAAUGAGCAGAGUGGAGCUGCAGCGCAUGUUAUAGCAGAGGAUGUCAAGCUGCUUCAGUUCCACGUGGCCACCAUGGUAGACAAUGAACUGCCAGGUCUACCUAGGGCAAUGCAAAAGUCUGGUCGUCCACUAAAAUCUAUCAAGCAGAGGCUAAAAGGUAAAGAAGGACGUGUCCGAGGUAAUCUGAUGGGGAAGCGUGUCGAUUUCUCCGCCCGAACUGUCAUCACGCCAGACCCCAACCUGCAGAUCGACCAGGUGGGCGUUCCCCGUUCCAUCGCCGCAAACAUGACCUUUCCUGAGAUUGUCACACCCUUUAACAUUGACAGACUCCAAGAGCUUGUGAGGAGAGGUAACAGUCAGUACCCUGGAGCCAAAUAUAUUAUCAGAGACAACGGAGACAGAAUUGACCUGCGAUUCCACCCUAAACCAAGUGACCUUCACCUUCAGAUUGGAUACAAAGUGGAACGACACAUGUGUGACGGAGACAUUAUAGUGUUCAACCGACAGCCUACGCUUCACAAAAUGUCUAUGAUGGGCCACAGAGUGCGAAUCUUGCCUUGGUCAACAUUUCGACUCAACCUCAGUGUAACAACUCCAUACAAUGCUGACUUUGACGGCGAUGAGAUGAACCUGCACUUGCCACAGUCCCUGGAGACCCGUGCUGAGAUCCAAGAGCUGGCCAUGGUGCCUCGUAUGAUUGUCACGCCACAGUCCAACAGACCUGUCAUGGGUAUUGUGCAGGACACACUGACAGCUGUGCGCAAAUUCACCAAGAGAGACGUCUUCUUGGAGAGGGGUGAGGUGAUGAACCUCCUCAUGUUUCUCUCCACAUGGGACGGCAAAGUGCCCCAGCCAGCUAUCUUGAAGCCUCGACCUCUCUGGACUGGCAAACAGAUCUUCAGCUUGAUCAUCCCUGGGCACAUUAAUGCCAUCCGCACACACAGCACCCACCCCGAUGAAGAGGACAGCGGCCCUUACAAACACAUCUCCCCUGGAGACACUAAGGUGAUUGUGGAGAACGGUGAGCUGAUUAUGGGGAUCCUGUGUAAGAAGUCAUUGGGAACCUCCGCUGGCUCUCUUGUCCAUAUCUCAUACCUUGAGAUGGGCCAUGACAUCACACGACUCUUCUAUUCUAACAUCCAGACUGUCGUCAACAACUGGCUGCUCAUUGAGGGUCACUCUAUUGGUAUUGGAGACUCCAUUGCCGAUAAGUCGACAUAUCAGGACAUUCAAAACACGAUUAAGAAAGCCAAACAGGAUGUGAUAGAGGUGAGUUGACAGAUAUGAUGUGAUGAAUGAAGACCAGGGGUCAGAGAUGGC